CUGCAUUUCCUUAUUGGCAUUGUAUUAUUAUCCUGAGCACCGACUCUCUUCCUGUCAGGAGUCUCCAUCUCUUCCUCUGAAGUCUGUGCAUCUCAAGGCCCAUUGUCUUUUUCUCUCUCCUUCCAUUGCUUGUUUUAUAAAUCCCUUGGAGCGCGCUCUGUCAUCGACAAUGGCAGAAAUGAAUGACGCUCCUAAUGCUUCUACCGAAACGACGAAUACCCCCACCGGGAAUUCACAAAAACCUGCUGAUGUUGAUCAUGCGACGACAAACGGCGACAGCCAUGCUGCGGAGGAUGGAGCAGAGCAAGGCGGUGAAUCUAUCUUCCAAUUGACCGUACACCUCCCCCACGAGCCGAAGAAGAUUCAGAUCAUGGUUUCCUCUCAAGAGGCAAUCCAUGAUGUUCGGCAAUCGAUCAUUGAACUUCCAGGAACCUUCCAAUACUCGUGCUUCCAUCUCGAACACAAGGGGGAACGCAUCAACGAUUUUGUUCAGGUCUCCGAAGUCAAUGGGUUGACAAAUGAUUCGGAGCUACACCUAGUGGAAGAUCCAUAUACCGAGAAAGAGGCGAGGCUGCAUGUUGUCAGAGUGCGAGAACUGAUCGGUGCUGCUGGGGACCGGACAGAUACGCUACAUGGCAUCCUGUCUGGCCUGUCCCUACAUGACUCCGUCACGGCUGUUAGCUCCUCGACCAGUGAGCAAGGAGCGGCGGUGGGUCACCCAAUGUCUGGAUACGAUUUCCAGGCUGCUGGCUCGCUCUCCACCUUAUUACCCCGGGUCCAGGAAUCCGCUCCGAAGACCGUCAAGUCCAUAUCCGUGUCCCCUUGGAACCCUCCGCCAUACCAUCUCAGACAGAAAGGCCACCUUCUGUAUCUCCAGGUAACCACCAAUGAAGGCGAGCAAUACCAGAUCACAUCCCACGUUUCUGGCUUCUACGUCAACAAAUCAUCAAACAGCAAAUUUGACCCCUCGCCCCGAGCCGCCCCAAAAGCUCACUCGGCACAUUCGCUACUGACUCUAAUAGAAGAGUUGUCGGCCUCAUUUGAUGCGUCAUUCAAGAAACUUCAAGAUUACAACAACUCGAAGGAACCACUGGCGACAUUCCAAAUUACAAACGCGACCCCAUCUAAUCCGUGGAUCGUCCCGGCUUCUUCAUCUCCCCUCGUGCCACAUCAAUCUGAUAUCACGCGCACACAAGAGAGCUACCUGAUAAGCGGGAUUGAAAACACAGAGACUUUAAGGGACUGGAACGAGGAAUUUCAAUCCACGCGAGAAUUGCCUAGGGAGACUGUUCAGGAUCGUGUUUUCCGUGAGCGGUUAACCUCAAAGCUCUUUGCCGACUAUACUGAUGCGGCUGCACGGGGCGCUGUACUCGUUGCGAGGGGUGAGGUAGCUCCUCUUAAUCCUACCGAGGGUCGAGAUGCCCAGAUUUUUGUGUAUAACAAUGUAUUUUUCUCCUUUGGGGCUGACGGCGUCGGCACAUUCGCAUCGGAAGGCGGGGAUGAAGCCGCAAGAGUCGCCACAGGUAAAGACGUUAUGGGGGUUCGCAUGGUUAAUCAAUUAGACAUUGAUGGUCUAUUCACGCCUGGGACCGUGGUUGUAGACUAUCUAGGCAAGCGACUUGUCGGCCAAAGUAUUGUCCCUGGUAUUUUCAAGCAGCGAGAUCCGGGCGAGAAUCAGAUCGAUUAUGGGGCUGUUGAUGGAAAGGACGUCGUCGCAGCGGACGAGAAGUUUGUGCCAGUAUUUGAGAAGCUCUCAAAGGCCUUGAGAGUGAAGAAGCAUGCUGUCUGGGAUAAAGAUGGCAAACGCCAUGAGCUUGAGGGAAGCGUGGAGACGAAGGGAUUGCUCGGAACAGACGGCAGGAAGUACGUGCUUGAUUUAUAUCGCAUCACCCCUCUGGAUAUUCUAUGGAUGGAGGAGUGCGGAACUGCCAUUCACAGUCCUGAACAAACCAAUGGUGCAAGCCAUACGGCCUAUCCUCAUAGGAUGACCGUUCUGAGGCCAGAGCUUGUUGAAUCCUAUUGGAAGAGCAAGAUGCGAGAAUGGGUAAAUGCGGAGUUGGAACUGAGGCGUCAAGCCCAGAAGGCUACUUCCGACUCCACCAAGGAUCUUGAAGAGAAACCGACUGAUGAUUCUGCCACUCCUGCCGAAGGCAAGGACAGCAAGUCUGAUGAGACCUCUACGGAGGUUAGCAAAGCGGCAGAAUUCGACAAGGAGAGGAUUGACAUCUCGAACUUCCAUUUCGCUCUUAACCCAGAUGCGUUUAGCGGACAGGAACCACGAACCGACGAGGAGAAAGCAGAGUGGGAAAAGGAUGAGAAGGAUGUAAGACUUGCUUGCGAGUUCCUUCGCGAUACCGUUUUACCUGAAAUGAUUCACGAUCUCAAGGAAGGUGAUGUUGGGUUCCCAAUGGAUGGUCAAUCUUUGAGCCGAUUGCUUCACAAGAGAGGUAUCAACAUUAGAUAUCUCGGCAAGGUUGCUGAACUUGCUGAAGGCAAGAAACUUGAAUCCCUGCGCGUUCUCGCAAUUCAGGAGAUGAUCUCAAGAGCUUUCAAGCAUGUGGCAGGUAAAUACUUGCGAUACUUACCAAUCCCACUGACUGCGUCAUGUAUCGCUCACCUUCUCAACUGCUUGCUUGGAACUGGUCUUAACCCGAAGCCCAAAGCUGAGAUCGACGAUAGCCUGGCAGGACUCUACCCAGAAGCCGACUUAAGUUUCCGGGACGUUUCUCCGGAGAGCUUGAAAAAGGAGAUCGAAUUACAGAUCCUCAAGCGAUACCGAUACACCAUUGAAGAGACUUGGGUUGCCGACAUGAAGCCACUCCAACUGCUCCGAGAGACAUCCUUGAAGCUCGGGCUGCAGCUCGAGAUGAAGGAAUACCGCUUCACUCCCGAGACUGCAAGUGGUGUGGCUGAAUCGGUGCCGACUAACGGCUCUACCGUUAAAGAGAAUGGCAUCAACGGACACAGCACUAGCAGCAAAAAGAAGAAGAAGGCCCGUGAUGGUUCUCCGGCUUCCGUCGCAUCCGCACGCACCGCUCCACCGGUUACCUUCACUCCCGACGAUAUUAUCAAUGUUGUCCCAGUCAUCAAAGAAGCCUCGCCAAGAAGUUCCUUGGCAGAAGAAGCUCUCGAAGCUGGUCGGAUUUCCAUCAUGCAGAACCAGAAGAAGCUUGGACAAGAGCUCUUGCUCGAAUCCCUGUCUUUACACGAGCAGAUCUAUGGCAUCAUCCAUCCCGAGGUUGCCCGAGUGUAUAACUCGUUGUCGAUGUUGUACUAUCAAUUAGAAGAGAAAGAAGCAGCUGUUGAACUUGCUCGCAAGGCGGUCAUUGUCUCGGAGAGAACCCUUGGCGUCGAUAAUGCUGAAACCCUCCUAAGCUAUCUCAAUCUGGGACUAUUCGGGCACGCAAAUGGGGAUACCAAGACUGCUUUGAGCUAUGUGAGGCACGCGCUGGAGCUCUGGAAAGUGAUCUACGGACCCAACCAUCCGGAUUCCAUCACAACCAUCAACAACGCAGCGGUAAUGCUCCAACACCUGAAAGAAUACCACGAAUCACGGCUCUGGUUUGAAGCAUCCCUCAAAAUCUGCGAGGACGUCUAUGGCAAGCAGUCUAUCAAUGCUGCAACAUUGCUAUUCCAACUGGCCCAAGCCUUAGCUUUAGACCAAGACUCCAAGGGCGCUGUCAACCGCAUGCGCGAGUCCUACAACAUCUUCCUCAACGAAUUAGGCGCAAAUGACAAAAACACCAAGGAAGCCGAAAGCUGGCUCGAACAGCUGACUCAAAAUGCUGUCUCCAUCGCAAAACACGCCAAAGACGUCCAAGCCCGGCGUAUCCGUGCCGGAAUCAGAGUAUCCCCUCAUGUUACACUUGGGCAAACACAUCCUCAGCCACAAGUUGGUCAAACCGCGCAAGCUACAUCCGGUCGUGAUCCGAGAAACUCCAUGGGACUUGAUUCCCGAAGUAUAGAUGAGCUUUUGAAAUUCAUUGAGGGCAAUGAUCAGAAAACCAAAACACCAGCUAAGAAACGGCCUGGAAGAAGUAACCCCAAGAGGAGAGGAGGUGCAGCUUCUGCGGGUAAAUAAUUGAUGUAUUGACAUUUAUGCGCAUAUACGUACGUGCAUAGGAGGGAUCCCAAAAUACAGGAGAGCAUGCAUUGGGCGGUGUUUUAAUUUCGAGGUCUUGAGUGUGACUCGAGGGAUUUGAGGCUGUACAUGCACUAGUCUCCCCUGUGCCUCUAUAUUCUCACAGCUUAGGUGCUGCUGGCUCCGUUAUCUUGUUUGAAUAUUGUAAAAUAGUAUCGGGUCUUAUAUCCCGUUUGAUCAUAAUGAAGAAAACUCUUCGCUCACACAACUGUAUCUACAAAGACUGAAGCAUACCUACAUAACACGCUCUGUUUCUAGGCUCG